AUGGCCCAACACACCUCCCGUCAAAGAGCCCAUCUGCUGACUUGCGAGCAAUACCUUGAGGCAAUGAAAGAGGCAGGGAUUAUGAAUAGCAUUACCCAGCAAGCCGCUGAUCCGGCAAGCUUCUUCAAGAAUUCGAAAGUCCUGCAAGCUUUUGGCGAGCCAAAACCGCCGAAGAUCCUCAAGAUGGGCGAAAUCUCUACAGCAGUGAGAAUACAAGCCUUGGCUUUGGCUGAAGCCCAUAUCUCUCUCGAACGCAUACAAGAAAUUACUGGCAUCGAUCCUAAAAUUGUUGCAGGCUUGAGAAAGCUCGCAAGAGAGCGAGGUUACGACCCAAACGUGUCUAUGGUGCUCAGAGAAGACUAUGUGUGGGACCCACCUAACUCCAGUAGGCCUCGUGGUCGACCGAAGAAGAGGAAGGGCGAUGACGACCUAGAUCCAGAACUACAAGUAGUGGCCACAACGCCGACAGCGCCUUCUUCUUUCGGGGAUGGCACGCCUCAACUUCCACCAGGCAACUGGAACUUCAUGACACCAGUCACUGGCUACACAGUCUCCUAG